AUGGACGAACAACAGAGUAUCGGAGAUUUGAUAGCACAAAUGCAGGCACAAAUACAAGCCCAGGCGAGAACAAUACAGGCCCAAGCGAAAGCACAACAGGAGUUGCAGCGAAAGCACGCAGAAGAGAUUGCGACGCUUUGGCUGGAACGAGUCCAUACCGAACGAUCUGCCUCGAACCAAGAGAAUGAAAACGAGAGAAGCCGUAAUCGGCAGUCAUCCCAGCACACCAACCCGAAUGGUCGGGGAAGGAAAGAAUCGUCUCCCCUACGAACCGGUUGGUCCUCUAGCUUACUCCCUUUUACUUCGACCAUCAUGCAAACUCCAAUGCCAGAAAAGAAUCCUCUUGUAUUAGAUAAGUAUGAUGGCUCGGCAGAUCCAGACAAUCAUCUCAGGAUCUUUACCAAUGCAAUGGCAUUUUACACAGACAGUGACCUGGUUAUAUGCAGAGCAUUCUCCUUAUCACUCAAGGACGAGGCAUUAGAGUGGUAUAACACUCUUCCCCCAAAUACAAUGGAUUGCUUCGCCACUGUGGAAACUCUAUUCAGAAGGCAAUACGCCUCCAAUCGGAAACAGGAGAUAACACCGAUGGAAUUGGUAAACACCAAGCAAGAAAAGGACGAAACUUUGAAAGCCUUUAUGAAAAGGAAUAAUGAAGUCGCACGGCGAGUUAAAGAUGUUAAUCACACUUUUAUCAUCAGCAACCUGCCUUCAUGCCUAAGGCCAGGAUAUUUUGCUGAGAAAUUGUAUGUGCGACCACAAAAAACUAUGAAAGAGCUCCAAGAAAGAGUGGCUGAAUUCAUCCGUAUGGAGGAUAUGCGAAUCUCACAAAGAAAGAAACAACAAGAAGUCUCUGCAGGUGGAAACAAGAAAGAAAGCAGGCAGUCAUUCAACAAUAAUGACAGAAACGGAGAUACGUUUCACAAGGAUUUCGUUCGAACACCCAUGUAUAAUCAUUACACCCCCCUCAACGCACCCAGGGUAAAAGUUCUUGAGGAAACUCUAAAUAUUGAACUUCUUACAAUUUGGAAAAAGUCUUCUCCAAAAGACGUUGACGAAACGAAAAGCUGCCAGUUUCAUCUAAACCGAGGACAUACUACAGAGGAAUGUGAUGCAUUAAAAGAUGAGAUAGAAAGGCUCAUACGAGGAGGCCAUUUGCAGAAAUUUGUAGGAGAAAGAACCCGAACAAAAAGUCCUAUCAGAGAAAAUUCUCAACACAGAGAAACCGAACGGUCAUAUCAAAGGGCUAAACGAAGACACAGGCGAAGUAAUAGCCGCAGUCGGAGCCCUUACUGCUCAGUUCGGGGCCGCAUCGACUAA